CUGCCUGCAUCCUAGCAACGGAAAAGAAGGCGCAGCAAAGCGGAAGGAAGGAAGGAAGCUAGCUAGCUAGCUAAUAGCUAAGUGCCUCGUUCGCAAUGUAAACAUCUUAGUGCUUCUGGAAGCAACUGUUAAAAGGUAACAGACGUGCGUCGAGACGAAAAACGAGUUUCAACAAGCCGCCGCGGCGGCGGCUAACUAACGCCAGCUCCAAGCGCGCCAGCCAGCCAGCCAGCCGCACUCAACGCUUCUCGGAGUUUUGGGCUAUGUAUUCGACGUUUGGGGGCUUCGCUUGGCUUUACUCACACGGUUACCUAGGUUACAACUUGAUGUUCAGCAUCGAAAUGGCCGCCCAUGCUGUUGAGGACUUCGCUCGCGCUCUCUCUCUCUCUCUCUCUCCUAAUGUCGUGAGGGUAACGGUCUCCACACGACGCGACUGAAAAGGAAAAGCGGUGGUGCCACUCCUGACCUGAGGCUGGCUGGCAGCUCGAUGACCACUUGACUCCAGACGCUCGCUCGCUCGCACUUGGCCUGACAUGUUUAGCCUCAUGGCGAAUUGCUGUAACUGGCUGAAACGUUGGCGAGAGCCCGCAAGAAAAGUGACUCUGGUGAUGGUCGGACUGGACAACGCAGGAAAGACCGCCACAGUCCGAGGAAUCCAAGGAGACAAUCCCCAGGAUGUCGCUCCCACCGUAGGGUUUUCCAAGGUGGACUUGAAGCAGGGGAAGUUUGAGGUCACCAUCUUCGACCUGGGCGGCGGGAAGAGGAUCCGCGGCAUAUGGAAGAAUUACUACUCAGAGUCGCACGGCGUGGUCUUUGUGGUGGACUCCAGCGAUGUGCAGCGGAUUCAGGAGACGCGUGAGACCAUGGCGGAGGUUCUGCAGCACCCGCGCAUCGCUGGGAAACCUGUGCUUGUACUUGCCAACAAACAGGAUCAGGAAGGCGCGCUGGCGGAAGCAGACAUCAUCGAGAACCUGUCCUUAGAGAAGCUUGUCAACGAGAACAAGUGUCUCUGUCAGAUUGAGCCGUGCUCUGCCGUGCUGGGUUACGGCAAGAAGGUUGACAAAUCCAUCAAAAGGGGUUUGGGCUGGCUGCUCAACAACAUUGCCAAAGAUUACGAGACCAUUACCGAGCGUGUGCAGAAAGACACAGCGGAGCAACGAGCUCAGGAAGAGCAGGAUAAGAAAGAAAGGGCAGAACGAGUGCGGCGGAUAAGAGAAGAGAGAGAGCGGCAAGAGAGGGAGGAGGCAGAACUGGAGGGCAAGCAGAUCUGCCAAGACCAACCCGAUGAAGAAAACAUGGCCGACCCAUUCCUGCCUAUUGAAAAUGUCAUUUGCGAGAGCGGCGAUAAAGCAGAUAAUAAGAGGCGGCGGCUACAGGAGAGUCCGAAGGCGGCCGCCGACUACGAGGAAGAGGAUCGCCAAGAGACGGACAAUGCCAGACAAACUCCCGAUGAUUCCAGCUCAAGCACAGUCACUGAGCAAAGCAAGAAAAAGGGGAGAAAAUUUCACCUGAAGAGGAAGCACCGCGUGGACCCACUCAAUUCCACCGAGGAGGGGCAAGGAGAGCGAGCCACACCUCCACCACUUCCAGUUGGAUGGGCGUCACCUAAAGUUUCUAGGCUGCCCAAACUAGAGCCUCUGAGGGACUCAAAAGCUUCUGAGUUUUACAAGAAGCCACUCCCGCCUGUCGCAAAUAAGCCACAGCCUAACAGUGACACCUGCGAUGUGGUCUUUUAACCUCCUUUUACCGAUCGGGGACAACCCGAAUCACGACUCUCCUCUUGUGCUUUUUGUCCCAAGUAAGCGGAGUGUAAACCGCGCUCUGCAGCAUGUCUGGGAAAAGAAAAGAAAAGAGCUGCCCGGGCGGGAGCAGGGGAAGUGCGGCGCAGCGCGGCGCGGCGCGGCGCGGCGCGGCGCGAAACAUGGACAAGGAUGCUCUUUUCAGAGUCGGACGCCGCAAAACUGUGUUUUUACACAACAAAAUGUACAUGUUUACGAUCCAAAUGUCCCAUAUGUUUUUACUGAUAUUAAACAUAAUGAACACGGCUGCA